CUUAUGGACAUUUUUUAUCGCUAAAUUGUAGUACUGAAAUCUUGAAUUUGGGUUGUUUAAUAAACUAUAAUUACCUAAUAAUAUUCUCUCCUGACGAAAUCAUUUUCAAAAACGUUUAAAUGCCGUAAGGUACAGAUUUCUGAAGUAUAUAGAAUAGUUAUAAGUGAGUAAAUAUAGCUAAUGCACUCACUGGCAUAUUCAUUUUAAUUAGUCUGUUAGGAAUGGGUGUAAUUAAUACGUCAUAUUCAUUGUCGCCUGAGACGUCAAUUAAACGUAAUACAGGCUUCCUAUGACAUUUCGACAGUUUGGACAGCUCAAAGAUACUAAAAAUUAGAUACAUAAUGUCUCCCACGAAUUAUAUAUAAACGAAGCAAGAAACAGUUUUCGAGACAUCUUAGAUAUUGUUCUUGCUGUGAGUGAACAUUACUUUUAUUGAUUAGAGCUUUAGUAGGCAAAAAAUGCACUCCCGAAAGACUCUCCUGGGCACAUUGCUGUGGAUAGGUUUUCUGUUAAACCUUAUUUGGGCGCAAAAGGAGCUGAGACGUGAUGAAACCUAUCCACCCCCGGAGCUGCUGAAGGAACUACGGCCUGUUCACGAUUCCUGCGUUGCCAAGACGGGAGUGACAGAAGAGGCCAUAAAGGAGUUCAGCGAUGGGGAUGUUCACGAAGACGAGCUGUUGAAGUGUUACAUGUAUUGUGUGUUUGAAGAAACGGAUGUCUUGCAUGAGGACGGUGAAGUGCAUUUGGAGAAGAUACUGGACAAAUUACCGGAAUCCAUGCAUGUCAUAGCUUUGCAUAUGGGCAAGAAGUGUUUGUAUCCGAAGGGCGAUAAUAAGUGUGAACGCGCGUUUUGGUUGCAUCGCUGCUGGAAGGAAGCGGAUCCAAAGCAUUAUUUCUUGAUCUAAAUAUGAGUGACUCUUUGUAUGAAAUCCGACACUUUUUAAGGACACACGUUCCAGAUAUUAGUCAAUAUCUGAUGUGUUUAUGUGCGUAUAAAUUUUGGUAUUCAUAAGCUAAAGACUUUUAUAGUAGAUUUUUGGUUUUUAUUGAUUUCGAAAUAUAGCGUUGACGAACAUUCCAAAACCUAA